AACAGACUGACCCCUCUAUCAGUUCAUUAUAUUAUUACUAUUGUAACUCGAGUAGUAGCAUGGCUAGUUGAAAUAAAAUAAAACAAUAAAAUGUUUAGAUUUAUAAAGCGUGGAGAGUUUUUGAAAAAUCUCUCAUUUUACAACUGCAGUGUACAAGAUAAGAAAAGUAAAAAUGUUUUGAAAAAUGUUCAACGUUGCAUUAGCGGGCAGAUUUCGAAAUCUGAUAAUCUUUUUCCGGAGCGCGUCGAUUUUCCUGACAGACAUAUCGGACCAAGGGAUCAAGAUGUAGUAACUAUGUUAGAUCUUCUAGAGUACAAGAGCUUAGACCAAUUAACGAACGAUGCUGUUCCUAAGCAAAUACAGCUCCAAGGUCUUAUGAAAAUCGACGACCCUAUGAGUGAGUACGAUUUGAUUGAGAGAGUACGAAAAUUGGCGGAAAAGAAUAAAAUAUGGCGUUCGUAUAUUGGCAUGGGAUAUCACAAUUGCUGUGUCCCUCAUAGCAUAAUGAGAAAUAUGUUCGAGAAUCCAGGAUGGACCACUCAAUAUACUCCGUAUCAGCCAGAAAUAGCCCAAGGUCGUUUAGAAAGUUUAUUGAACUAUCAGACUAUGGUGAGCGAUCUUACUGGACUGGACGUUGCUAACGCGUCCUUGUUGGAUGAGGGGACAGCUGCUGCGGAGGCCUUAUCUCUAUGUCAUAGGCACAAUAAAAGAACCAAAUUCGUAGUAUCCGAACGGUUGCAUCCUCAAACGUUAUCGGUGGUACAAACACGACUAGAUGCGCUGGGACUCGAAGUUACUGUGGUACCAGAUGUCCGUCAAGUGGACUUUGCUCAGAGGGAUAUAUCUGCUGUGUUACUGCAAUGUCCGGAUACGAGGGGACUGGUGUACGAUUAUUCUGGUCUAGCUGCUGCGGCUCAAGAACAUGGUACAUUGGUAGUAGUUGCAACAGAUUUACUAGCGCUAGCCUUAUUGCGACCACCAGCAGAAUGUGGGGCUGCCUUGGCAGUGGGAACUUCGCAGAGACUAGGCGUACCGUUGGGUUAUGGAGGUCCACAUGCGGGUUUCUUUGCCGCAGAACAUCCCUUAGUGAGACUGAUGCCAGGACGCAUGGUAGGAGUGACAAGAGAUGCUGCGGGAAGAGAUGCAUAUAGAUUGGCUUUGCAGACCAGAGAACAGCAUAUUCGUCGAGACAAAGCUACUUCAAACAUCUGCACCGCCCAAGCGCUGUUAGCCAACAUGUCAGCCAUGUACGCAGUUUACCAUGGACCUCAAGGACUGCGGGAUAUUGCCACGCGAGUCCAUAACGCCACUCUUGUACUCGAUCACGGUAUCCAAAGACGUGGCCAUACACAAUCCAACGAUGUAUAUUUCGAUACUCUGUAUAUAAUUCCCACUGAGGAUCACGAUGCUACAGCUAUAAAGGCACGGGCUCAGGAAAUGAAAAUAAACCUGAGAUAUUUCGACGGAGGUGCAGUAGGAGUGGCGUUAGAUGAAACUACUACAAUGCAAGACGUCGAUGACUUGUUGUGGAUAUUUGACUGCGAUAAAGUUAAAGAGGUGGCACAGAGUGGUGAUGUGAUAUUGCGAAGUAUUUUAAAAGGUCCUUAUCGAAGGACUUCCCCUUAUUUGACGCACCCUGUGUUCAAUAUGCACCAUUCAGAGACCAGAAUAGUACGAUACAUGAAACGAUUGGAAAACAAGGAUAUAUCUCUGGUUCACUCUAUGAUACCACUUGGUUCAUGCACGAUGAAACUAAAUUCCACGACGGAAAUGAUGCCCUGUUCGUUCCAACACUUUACCGACAUCCACCCAUUCGCACCGCUAGACCAGUGCCAGGGUUACCACACGCUUUUUGAAGAACUUGCGAAUGAUCUAUGCGCGAUAACUGGCUACGAUAGAGUUUCUUUCCAACCAAACAGUGGCGCGCAAGGCGAAUACGCCGGGUUAAGGACUAUCAAACGCUACCACGAGUACCGGGGUGACGCUGGUCGUAACAUUUGUCUGAUCCCUGUCAGCGCUCACGGCACCAACCCUGCGUCCGCACACAUGGCGGGCAUGCGAGUGUGUGCCAUACGUGUGACUCCUUCCGGGGAUAUUGACAUGGAACAUCUUAAAGACAUGGUGGAGGAACAUAGCAGCAAGCUAUCGUGUCUAAUGUUGACGUAUCCCAGCACAUUUGGAGUGUUUGAGGAGCGCGCGGCGGACGUCUGUGCACUGGUUCACGCUCACGGCGGACAAGUCUAUCUAGAUGGGGCUAAUAUGAAUGCUCAGGUUGGACUGUGUCGACCAGGUGAUUACGGCAGCGAUGUCUCACAUUUGAAUUUGCACAAAACUUUCUGUAUACCCCAUGGAGGUGGUGGUCCUGGCAUGGGUCCCAUUGGAGUAAAAGCCCAUUUAGCACCGUUCCUGCCUUCUCACCCUGUAGUAAAUCCAUUAGCAGACCUAGGCGAUGCCGCGCAUAGCUUUGGCUCCGUAAGCGCUGCUCCUUUCGGAUCGUCAGCCAUUUUGCCUAUCUCAUGGGCGUAUAUAAAAAUGAUGGGGCCCAAGGGGUUAAAACGAGCGACACAAGUGGCUAUCCUCAAUGCUAACUAUAUGUCACGAAGGUUAGAUGGCCACUACAAAACAUUGUACAAAGGCGAAAGGGGAUUAGUUGCCCAUGAAUUUAUAAUAGACGUACGAGAUCUCAAGAAAACAGCAAACAUUGAACCAGGGGAUAUUGCUAAACGUCUUAUGGAUUUUGGUUUCCAUGCGCCCACCAUAUCGUGGCCAGUCGCUGGUACAUUAAUGAUAGAACCUACAGAAUCAGAAGAUCUUCAAGAACUAGAUCGUUUCUGCGAAGCGCUUAUUUCGAUAAGAAAAGAAAUAAAAGACAUUGAAGACGGUAUUAUGGAUAAACGUUUAAAUCCCGUCAAGAUGGCUCCACAUACACAGGAGGAAGUUAUAACUGAAGAUUGGAAUCGACCUUAUACUAGACAGCAAGCGGCAUUCCCCGCUCCAUUCGUAAAAGGCGAGACUAAAAUAUGGCCAACAGUAAGCCGAAUUGAUGAUAUGUAUGGUGACAAACAUCUUGUGUGCACAUGCCCACCUGUUCUCGAUGAUUUUUAAUUUAAGAUUGUAAAUAAAAUAAUACAAAUGCGGUUGCAAA